AUGGCAGCGCGGUGGGCCGUGCUGGGGCUCUUGGCUGCCUGCGUGGCCAAUGCUGCGAAGGAAUCUGUGCUGAACGUGUGCAUGGACGCCAAGCACCACAAAACCAAGCCAGGCCCGGAGGGGGCGCUGCAUGGCCAGUGUGCCCCUUGGAAAGACCAUGCCUGCUGCACGGCCGAGACCAGCACAGGGGCUCACCAGGACCAGUCCUACCUGUACAACUUCAACUGGAACCACUGCGGGGUGAUGCCAGAGAAGUGCAAGCAGCACUUCAUCCAGGACACGUGUCUGUACGAGUGCUCGCCCAACCUGGGGCCCUGGAUCGACCAGGUGGAUAAUAGCUGGCGCCGGGAGAGGAUCCUCAACGUGCCGCUGUGCAAGGAGGACUGUGACCUGUGGUGGGAGGCCUGCAAGGACGCAGUCACCUGCAGAGAGAACUGGCACAAGGGCUGGAACUGGACCACAGGGACCAACCGGUGCCCCCGCGGCUCCAUAUGCCAGCCAUUCAAGUAUGUCUUUCCCCGGCCGGCGGACCUGUGUGAGAAGAUCUGGUCCAACUCGUACAAAUACACCACGGAGCACCAGGGCGGCGGGCGCUGCAUCCAGAUGUGGUUCGACCCUGCCAACGGGAACCCCAACGUGGCCGUGGCCAAGUACUACGCCCAGAACGGGGGAGACGCCUCUCCUGCACCGCGGGCUGUCCUGCUGCUGCUGCCAGCUGCUCUCCUGUCCCUGCUCUGA